GGAAGAGGAAAAGGACACCGCUGCAUCCCUCCUCUCUUCCCCAGGCGGUGCGCUUCUAUCCCCGCGUCGCCUUUCUCCUCCUCCCCGGGACUGGACGCUGGCUGUCGGAGGCAUCGUCGCUGCUUUUUACCAUGUCGGGCGAAGGAUCAAACGUGUCGAUAGGGAAGAGGAUAACCUUGAGCGAGAACACCCUCUUUGGUAUGGGCAACCCACUUCUGGACAUCUCCGCUGUUGUGGACAAAGACUUUCUUGACAAGUAUGGACUCAAGCCAAAUGACCAGAUACUUGCAGAGGAUCACCACAAAGCCCUGUUUGAUGAGAUUGUGCAGAGGAACAAGGUGGAGUAUCACGCUGGAGGCUCCACCCAGAACUCUGUGAAGAUCGCUCAGUGGAUGAUCCAAAAGCCUCAUAAAGUGGCCACAUUCUUCGGCUGCAUUGGGACAGAUCAGUUUGGACAGAUCCUGAAGCAGAAGGCGGAGGAGGCCCACGUCGACGCCCACUACUACGAGCAGAGCCAAGAGCCCACGGGAACCUGCGCCGCCUGCAUCACCGGGGACAACAGGUCCCUUGUCGCUAACCUGGCAGCCGCGAACUGCUACAAAAAAGAAAAACAUCUGGACUUGGACGGCAACUGGGAGCUAGUGAAGAAAGCCAAAGUCUAUUAUAUCGCGGGCUUCUUCUUGACCGUCUCGCCCGACUCCAUCCUCAAAGUCGCCAAACACGCCUCAGAAAACAACAAGAUCUUCGGUCUGAACCUGUCGGCGCCGUUCAUCAGCCAGUUCUUCAAGGAGCCGCUGAUGAAGGUCAUGCCCUACGUGGACAUCCUGUUUGGGAACGAGACAGAAGCGGCGACUUUCGCUGGAGUCCUGGGGUUUGGGACGGAGGACAUCGGCGAAAUUGCCAAAAAGGCCCAGAAUUUGCCAAAAGCGAACGCGAAGAGACAGCGGAUAGUCGUCUUCACACAAGGGAAGGAUGACACGGUCGCUACUGUGGGAGACAGAGCCACCAUGUUCCCUGUUCUGGACAUCGACCAAAACGAGAUCGUGGACACAAACGGAGCUGGAGAUGCUUUCGUCGGAGGAUUUCUGUCGGCGCUGGUACAGGAGCAGUCUUUGGAGGAGUGUAUUCGCGCGGGACACUAUGCCGCUAAUGUCAUCAUAAGAAGGGUUGGCUGCACCUUCCCUGAAAAACCCAACUACCAAUGAUCCUCUUUCGGCCCAAAAUAAACUGUCACGGUCAAAUUCUUUACUUUGUAUUUACUGUGAACUAACGCUAAAGCCAGGCAACGCCAAGUGUCUAAACGGAUUGAUUAAAUGCAACUAGAAAUUGGGUUAAAACUACGUAACAAAGAUGAUUUAUAAGAAAGUAAGAAUAUGAGCAUUGAAAAAGCCAUAGACACAUCCACCUCUGAACAGUUUACAGACCGCAACAAACGCACAAUUUCCAUUUCACCAUUUUGUUUUGAGUGAUUCGGUCAAUAUUUGAACAAAAAUGAAAUAUAAGGAAUGUCCAAUGCUUACCGAUUGAGCUAAUCCCUUUGCUAAAUGCUAAUAUGACGACGUAAGCGUUUUACCAAUAUACAAAACCAGGUUAGCGCAACAGGCUAGGUGCUAUAGCAUAUUGUAAGCGAAUCGAAAGCGUUUAUCUAUUCUGCCUCAGUAACAACGAAUAAUCAUAAUGUACCGAUCACCUCCUACUGUAAUGUAAUAUUAAAUAAAACCAAUUUAUACAAUGUACCUCUUAAUUAUCAUAUAGAUCCUUAAAGUACAUGAAGAGAUUGAGCUAUCCUAUGCUAACGUUAGCAAGUAGUAUUUUAGAGUUUAUUGGUAUUACUGUAUCUGGCCAAAUUAUACUGAUCAAUAAAGUAAUGAUCAAUAAAGAUAUUUUUUUCCAUUAUUUUAAUAUAGGGUGACCAGAUUUUCAAAAUUCAAAACUGGGACAGACUCGGGUUGGGACGGCUGGGAUGGUUGAUAUAAUCAACCGUAGAUAUACACUCACCUAAAGGAUUAUUAGGAACACCUGUUCAAUUUCUCCUUAGUGCAAUUAUCUAAUCAACCAAUCACAUGGCAGUUGCUUCAAUGCAUUUAGGGGUGUGGUCCUGGUCAAGACAAUCUCCUGAACUCCAAACUGAAUGUCAGAACGGGAAAGAAAGGUGAUUUAAGCAAUUUUGAGCGUGGCAUGGUUGUUGGUGCCAGACGGGCCAGUCUGAGUAUUUCACAAUCUGCUCAGUUACUGGGAUUUUCACGCACAACCAUUUCUAGGGUUUACAAAGAAUGGUGUGAAAAGGGAAAAACAUCCAGUAUGCGGCAGUCCUGUGGGCGAAAAUGCCUUGUUGAUGCUAGAGGUCAGAGGAGAAUGGGCCGAGUGAUUCAAGCUGAUAGAAGAGCAACAUUGACUAAUAUAACCACUCGUUACAACCAAGGAAUGCAGCAAAGCAUUUGUGAAGCCACAACACGCACAACCUUGAGGCGGAUGGGCUACAACAGCAGAAGACCCCCCGGGUACCACUCAUCUCCACUACAAAUAGGAAAAAGAGGCUACACGAGCAUGAGCUCACCAAAAUUGGACAGUUGAAGACUGGAAAAAUGUUGCCUGGUCUGAUGAGUCUCGAUUUCUGUUGAGACAUUCAAAUGGUAGAGUCAGAAUUUGGCGUAAACAGCAGGAGAACAUGGAUCCAUCAUGCCUUGUUACCACUGUGCAGGCUGGUGGUGGUGGUGUAAUGGUGUGGGGGAUGUUUUCUUGGCACAACUUUAGGUCCCUUAGUGCCAAUUGGGCAUCGUUUAAAUUCCACGGGCUACCUGAACAUUGUUUCUGACCAUGUCCAUCCCUUCAUGACCACCAUGUACCCAUCCUCUGAUGGCUACUUCCAGCAGGAUAAUGCACCGUGUCAUAAAGCUCGAAUCAUUUCAAAUUGUUUUCUUGAACAUGACAAUGAGUUCACUGUACUACAAUGGCCCCCACAGUCACCAGAUCUCAACCCGAUAGAGCAUGUUUGGGAUGCGGUGGAACGGGAGCUUCGUGCCCUGGAUGUGCAUCCCACAAAACUGCAAGAUGCUCCUAUCAAUAUGGGCCAACAUUUCUAAAGAAUGAAUCAGCACCUUGUUGAAUCAAUGCCACGUAGAAUUAAGGCAGUUCUGAAGGAGAAAGGGGGUCAAACACUGUAUUAGUAUGGUGUUCCUAAUAAUCCUUUAGGUGAGUGUAAAUGGACAUAGCUAACCUGCUAGCCAUCACGUAGCAAAGAAGAAAGAGGAAGUGACCAUGGGCGCACUUCCAGCUCCAUCGACUCUGGCUCCAAUUCACUUUCUAUUGAAAAACUGUGGCCCCUCUCGCCGUAACUGCUGCUGUCAGACUCAUUUUGGUCGUUAAAUGUUCAUAUUAAUCCGCUCUACAUGAUCCUAGUAUCCUGAGAGACUUCUGCUUGUGCAUUUUUUGUCUUCUGCUCAUUUUCAGCAGUUUUCUUUAUUUUAACUCAACAAAUGACAAUAUAUUCCCCUUUUUCCUGCUGGAGGGGAUCAAAUUAGUCAAACAUAGGGACAUCUGGGCAGGGGUGUAGCACAAAAUUCUGUUCCCUGGGUACAAAUGAUCUCGUUGGGCCCGCACUACAUGUUGUCUAAUAAAAAAACAAAUUACCGACCAAUUACCAAUCUGACGCCCCUGCACCUGGGACAUUUCAUGUAUAAAAUUGGUUCAAAUCAGUCGUUUUGGAUAAAUCUGCUAGGACAGGGGACACGGGGCUUAAAACUGGGACUGUCCCGGGUCAUUAGGGAUGUCUGGUCACCCUAAAUUAGAAUAUAGAUCCUUAAAAAGUUAAUUAAAACAUAGCUUGCCAGUUCGGUAGUUGGUAAAAAGUGGUUGGGGUUUUGGGUGUUACACAUCUGGCCAAAUUAUAGUUUGUUAAUCUACCAGGGCCUGUUAUGCCUGAGAAAGUAAUUUAUUUAUUUUUAUCUUGGGGCCUUUUUCAUGAAUAAAGAUCAUUUCUAUAAUUUUAUUCGCCUAAAUGCCAUUAAGUUUUACCAAUUACUCUCUUUAUGUAUAUGACAAUGUAAACUGUGAUCUGCUUAAGUAAAGGUUUUUUAAUUAAGGGCAUUCUCAAAAAAUUAUAAGAAAGUAAAUAUCUGAACUAGAAACGAAUGGAAAACCAGAUAGACCACUGCCAAGGCAUAAAUCCAGUCACUUCUACCAUGACCUUUGACCUUUCGGCAUAUUGUGUGUUUAAACUCAAAGCAGCAGUAUGUAACUUUUUGCUAAAUAAUAGACUGAAAUAUACUUCAGUCUGUUAUUUUUUGGUUGGGUUUAUUACACUGAAAAACACACACAAAAAAAGUGUCCUUGCUGUGAAUGGGCUUGCAUCUCCACAAACCUGACUCUGUUUGGCCUGGAGGAGAGCCGCUUCCUGCUUGUUUCCAUGGAAAUGCUGUUAUUUUAGCGAUAAUAUUCCACAGCAUGGCAAAGAUGCAUUUUAUGAAAUUAAAAUGUGUUGUGAGCCUGGGCAGUGGUGAAUCUCCCAGAGUUCAGAGGGGCGUGAUUGACAGGUGGGUCAGCCAAUCAGGGACACGCGUGGUCUGUUUGUAUCAAAACAAAUAUGGCUGCCACAGGAGACUGAAACACAUGGUAGAGCACUAAAUUUUAAUUCUGUUCAAAAUGAUGUAUGGUUUUAACUUUCGGUUUCCGUGGACUCACACAGGUCACAUGCCACCUCCAGAAAGUUACAUACUGUACCUUUAAAUACAUUUACAACAUUACUUAAAAAUGACAAGGGAAGAAAUGUUUGAAGGGAAAGCAGAUAGACCUGUGCCAACGGUGAGUCCGAAUGUCCACACUGCUCCCUACAGGGGGCACUAUUUAGGGGUCACGCCAUUUUUACUGGUGUCUGAAUAUCCACAAUGCACCUUGAAUAGACAUGUCAAUAUAGACCACAAUGCAUUGCGAGAGUUGGGAAAACAGUGGAUAGCGACAGGUCUUUAGCUGGACACAACACGACUGAAUGAAGCAGAUAGAAGCGCUGGUUUAUCUCACUUUUGAUCCUGAUUAUGAAUAAAACACUUAAAUAAACUGUUGUGGUUCAUUUGAACUGUUAACAAAGCGAGAAUUUCCACAUUUCAGACAAAACUGUUAAAAUCCAGUCAGUUUACGUGAGAUCCAGCUUGACAAAAACACUUGUGUCAGUUCAAUCUGAACCUUAUUUAUGAAAGAACUCAAGUUUUAUCAGAGUUUAAACUUAAGACUUUUUUUACCCAGAUGCUAGAGUCAUGUGACCCAAAAGCAGCGGGCUGUGUGUUCGAAUCUCUCUGUGAAUAUAAUCCACUCUAUAAUCCACAAAAGAGAAAUGAUGUAGUGAACAAGGGGUUAAGGGCCAGGGGAGGACAUUCGGACACACUUUUUCCAUGACCUUUGACCUUUAUAGAUAACAUAUUUUGAGUUUAAAUGCUACGUCAACAACCAAUGGAUAGCAAGGACCAUACCAUUUCCCCCUUUUUUUUUAGUAAAAGUCAUGUUUUUGUUCCAUAUUUUAAUAGUUUAAUUGACCCAUGAAUGACCUUAACCCUGUAUUUUUAAAUUCCUUCAUAUUCCGCACCUCAGUGAAACUUUUCCACUUCCGCUGUACAGUAUUCAAGUCUUAAGCUUCUAUCGACCUUCAGUAAUUUGUCAAAAAUAAAUACAUUUCUG